UUUAUAAAGACGGGCCGCCAGAGCAGCUGCAGCUCACAUCUCGGUCAGUACCUAGCAGAGCUGCUGGUGACUCCACAGAACAUCUCCAGAGCACUGCCUGGGGCUGGCCGAGACACGGCCCCAAGACAGGGACCCCCAGCCACAGGCCCCCACGGGCUCACCAGGUGGAUCCCGUCUCUGAGCCGAUCCUCCUGGAGAAGUGACCUGAGACAAGUCCCUGAACACCCUGCAGCCGUUUUCUAUGACCCUGUCUGGAUUUGGCUGGCGGUGGGCACAAGCUCUGAGGGGCUGUCUGGGUCUCAGCACAGCGGCAGCAGCCAGCUCUCUGGCCCCCAUGCUGAAUGCAGGACACUGAGAGGACAGGCUCUGUGGCCUCAGUGGUGGCACGCAGGACACUAUGGAGAACAGAGCCAUGUACCUGCACACUGUGAGCGACCGUGACACCGGCUCCAUCUUUGAGGAGCCCUUUGACGGCAGGAGCCUGUCCAAGCUGGACCUGUGCGAGGAUGGUCCGUGCCACAAACGACGGACAGGCGGCUGCUGCACCCAGCUGGGCUCGCUGUCAGCCCUGAAGCAUGCUGUCCUCGGGCUCUACCUGCUGGUCUUCCUGAUCCUUGUGGGCGUCUUCACCUUAGCAGUGUCCAGGCCUCGCAGCUCCCCGGACGACCUGAAGGCGCUGACUCGGGACGUGAACCGGCUGAACGAGAGCUUCCGGGACUUGCAGCUGCGGCUGCUGCAGGCUCCGCUGCAGGCGGACCUGACUGAGCAGGUGUGGAAGGUGCAGGACGCGCUGCAGAACCAGUCGGACUCCCUGCUGGCGCUGGCGAGCGCCGUGCAGCGGCUGGAGGGCGCGCUGUGGGGGCUGCAGGCGCAGGCGGCACAGACAGAGCAGGCGGUGGCCCUGCUGCGCGACCUCACCAGCCAGCAGAGCGACGCGGCGCAGCUGGAGCUCUACCAGCUGCAGGUGGAGAGCAACCGCAGUCAGCUGCUGCUGCGGCGCCACGCCGGCCUGCUCGACGGGCUGGCGCGCCGGGUGGGUGUCCUGGGCGAGGAGCUGGCUGACGUGGGCGGCGCGCUGCGCGGCCUCAACCACAGCUUGUCCUACGACGUGGCCCUGCACAGCACGCGGCUACGCGACCUGCAGGUGCUGGUGAGCAACGCCAGCGAGGAUUCGCGCCGCAUGCGGCUGGUGCACAUGCGCAUGGAGCUGCAGCUCACGCAGGAGCUGGCCAUGCUCAACACGGUCACGGAGGACCUGCGCCUCAAGGACUGGGAGCAUUCCAUCGCGCUGAGGAACAUCUCCCUUGCCACAGGACCACCGGGCCCCAAAGGUGAUCAGGGGGACGAAGGGAAGGAAGGCGAGCCUGGAAUCCCUGGACUACCUGGACUUCGAGGUCUGCCAGGGGAGAGAGGAACCUCAGGACUGCCUGGCCCCAAGGGCGACGAUGGGAAGCUGGGGGCCGCAGGACCGAUGGGCAUGCGCGGGUUCAAAGGUGACCGAGGCCCAAAAGGAGAGAAAGGAGAGAAAGGAGACAGAGCAGGGGAUGCCACAGGCGCUGUGGAGGCCGUGAUGAUCCGGCUGGUGAAUGGCUCGGGCCCGCACGAGGGCCGUGUGGAGGUGUACCAUGACCGGCGCUGGGGCACCGUGUGUGACGACGGCUGGGACAAGAAGGACGGGGACGUGGUGUGCCGAAUGCUGGGCUUCCGCGGCGUGGAGGAGGUGUACCGGACGGCUCGAUUCGGGCAAGGCACUGGGAGGAUUUGGAUGGAUGAUGUCGCCUGCAAGGGCACAGAGGACACCAUCUUCCGCUGCAGCUUCUCCAAAUGGGGGGUGACAAACUGUGGACAUGCUGAGGAUGCUGGGGUGAUGUGUAACAGGCACUGAAUGCGGAUGCAGCCCAAGCUCUGGGCCCUGCUGCCAUGCCUCCUUCCUGUGCCCCUAGGGUGGGGGCAUUGCUUGAGGCUCCCCUCUCAGUGCCUCUGCCCUGCCCAGUCCAGCACCCCCCACCCCUGUAUCCCUAUCCCAGGACUUUGGGACCCUGCUGUCAUUCUCCUCUUGGACGUCUGCUCCAAAGUGCAACUCUGGGAUCUACUGCCGGUCUCCCUCUUCCACCAAGGAUCCUGCUUGUAGAGCCCUGGCCAACUGGAUCGCCAUUUUGCCAGCCUUUCGCGCACCAUGCAUCAUGCAUCAGGCCUCGGUCGUGCUGCCUUUGGUCUGUUAGUUACAGACGAAAGCUGAGACAAUGUGAGGGACACAUGCCACAGUGGAGGAGGGAGGGAGGUGUAGCAGGUCACGUACUCUUCAGAUAAUUCCCAGACCUCGGUUAGGCCCACAGUUUCGACAUCUUCCUUCCCAGUAAGAGACAAUACUGAAUGAUGUGUUCCCCUCUUUGCUCUGCCUCUGCGCACCAUCUGUUAGUUUGGGGAAGUGACAUACAGGAAAGGCCAGCUGCAGGAGCCCCAGGGAGAGGCAAGUCAAUCUGGAUUUGCAGGAGUGAAACAAACAUCUGCUGAGUGACUACCACGCGUGCUACACAGUAUCUUGGUGCCAAAUCCAUCUAUCCACUUUGCAGUGUUUCCACGAGGCAUGUUAGCUUGGUAAGACCUUACCUCCAGGUAGCACUCAACUGACCCAUUCUCCUGUAAGUCAGAAGACUGAGAAUGACCGAGACCAUUGUGUCCACCAGAACCUUAGUGUGUCUUGGCUAGGCUUGAGCCAGAAGCUCAGGUGCAAGACACGCAUGACUUGAAGGUUACAUGCUCUAAAACCUAUGGGGUGUCUGAGUGCAAGAUAAGAUGUGACUGGUUCCCAGGCCAACCACCCGCGGAGGAGGAAAGCUGAUCUGGAGGCUGGCAUGGGGGCUGUCCGGGUUAAACUGAGACCUGCACUCUCACCUGGCCGUCAGGGAGAAAGCCAAGGCGCCUGCGUCUCAGAACUUGCUGGAGGUGAUGAUGCUGAGCCUUCAAGGCCUCUUUGGGUGCGACCCUGUGGUCAGGAGAUCAUGUGUCCUAAUGGAUCCUGUAAGAGUGGAAGGAAAUGAGGGUUCCCUCUAACCUCUGGGGGAAGGAGGGGCCGUGGGCCUCUGCAAGCCCUCUCCUAGUGACAGGGAGAUCAUAUUCUGCUUUGGACACAGGAGGUCAAACUAGCCCAUAUAUGUGUUCUAGGACUAGGGAGCUACACGGUAGUGAGUAAGCACAGACCCACCUCACCAGGGGAGUCACAAACUCAGGCCUCAGACACACACUCACCUGUCAUGCUGGGUGAGCAUCGGCUUGCCUGGGAAAAGUGACACCUGGGACCCUCUAGGUGCAGGGCCGGCAGAGUUCCUGGCCGAUAACUAAACCAAUACGUGCUAUUGGUUGUUCUUUGCUUACAAUAUGCUUGUUAUUCACUGAUGUCCUAAUGAUCAGACACUCUCCUGACCGAUUGCUCUGUUUACAUAAAACACAUGUACUCAUGCACUUUUUCCGGGGCCAACAUAUGUAUGCAUAUAUAAACAUGGCGCUCUUUACUACAUAGCGCAGCACAUUGCAAAGCUUUCAUUAAAGAAAGAAAACGGUAAAGGUGGAAAGAUGCCACACUGAACAAAAUUAAUUGCCAAGUCAGUUCUGGCAAAGAACCCAGUUAUCCCACCGAUAAAGACCCACGUAACUUUCUUCCUUGAUCUUUUCAUUUGGGAAAAACAGAAGUUUUGUUUUGCAUCAAAUAAAGAUGACAGUCAUAAGUGUUUGGACCUUAAAAUAAAAGUCUACUAGUUUACAUGCCUACGUACGAAGACACGGAAAUAACCAUGGGCCUGUAUUUCAGGGACUAAAGGAAAUUAGGCCUGGCCUAAGGUACAUCAGCCCUUUGCAAGAAAGAAUUUCAAUAAAGCCAAAAAAACCCUGUCACUAA